UAGCUACCACCCAAUAUAAGGGUACAGCCAAUAUUUAUCCAUUUAUCCAUCUACCCCAGAAAAAAUAAAGUGUUUACAAUGGCGGAUACCGUGGAUUUACUUGGGGCAGAUUCCAUCAAAAACAUGAAGGUUGCGGACCUGAAAAAAGAGCUCAAGGCACGAGGUCUGUCCACUACCGGCAACAAGAGCGAACUUGUGGAACGUUUAGAAGCUGCUGCGGGAGUUCCCAAAGACCUGUUGACAGACGUCCAGCUGGAUGAUGCCUCUCUCGACCCCACCGCGGAGGUGAAUGAAGACGAGGUGCUGUCCGAGGACAGUUUGCUGCUCCAGACUGAAGGCAAGGCCAACAACGGAGAGGCCUUUGGGAGCGACGAAGACCUUCUGGCCACCCCCGUGUCCAAGACCGCUCCCCAGCAGAUCACAGACAAGCUUCCCCUGACCGCGACAGAUCUGUCGGUUUCGGCCAAGGGCCAGGAAAAAGCAGCCGGCCAGCCGGCCAAGCAGGCCUUGUCUCAGGAGCCCAAGACUCCGGACGCUGGCAAGAAGUCGAAAACAAAGGUGACCAUGUCCGGGCAAGCCGGCGCCGAGACGAACGGGACUGGCGGUGCCAUCAAGGCGGCCGGCAAGGCACUUUCCGUGGAAGAGCGGGCCAAGAAGUUCAACAUGCCGCUUUCGGACAGUGCUCGCCUGAAGGUCCGCAUGGAGAGGUUUGGUGCAGUGGCUUCUGACUCCGGUACGGCCAAGAGCGAGGCAAAAGGAACGACGAAGACAUCCCGUACUUCCAUCAGUGCCAACCCUCCCCCCGUCAACCUGGUACAGCUGAAGAAAAGGGCAGAGCGGUUUGGACAGAGUGUUUCUACAGUGGCCAAGGAUUUGGAGGAAAAGGAGCGUCUGCUGAAAAGGAAGCAGAGGUUUGGGAACACCCCAGACACAGAGGGUACCAAGAAAUCCAAGACCAUCGUCAUCUAGACUUUUCCAAGAAGGCCACCAGAAACACUGGAAACAUCUCGCCACAGGAAGUGGAAAAAUGUUGACAACUUUUGUUAUUAUCUAAUCAUUCAUUGCCAUCAGCGUGCGUUUUCUUUUUAGCAGGAGUAAAUAAAUUAUUCAUCUCACUAA